CACCCUCAUCGGCGGAAAGACGCUUUGGGGCGCGUGUAUAAAAGGUCGGACGGAGCCACACCCAUAUUUUAGUACAAACAGCCAUGUUUUCUCGUCUCGUUAUUUCUCUCGCCGUGGCAUUGACCUACUCAUCCGCUGCGGCCGCCAUCUCUUGUGGCGUCUGCGCUCCCACCAUCGUCUAUGCCGGCGUGACGCGCAAACUGACGCUUUCGCGCGAGGAGGGCGCGGGCAAUAUCGAUGUCCAGUGCAACUACGACUCGCCUCCGAUCCCGAACUUCUCGCCUGGGUGUCUCUACCGGAAUGUGGAUGGCGUUCUGAUUUUCACGAACGCGGGAAAUGCGUGUCCGAGCGUCAUUCCGACCGUUUCGAAAACUACCUCCCGCUGUUGAAUACUUCAACGUAAACAAAUUGAACUUUACUUGUUGCCCUCGCAAAGGACUCAACUCAGAGUGAGGCAGGUCAAGUAGGUGUCUUUGGGCCGUCUUAGUUCCAAGAGUUUCCCGACGGGUACCUUCGCAGAGUCUGUUCUUGGAAAAUGAAUUGAAAUUUAGCUAACAUGGAAAUGAGCGCCGGGUCAGGUGAUCGCGUCUGCUGCAGUCAAUAUUCAAUUUCAGCCACAUUGGGAGAUUGAUGGCCUGACAACUAGUUGAGCACAGAAAUUUUCCUUAAUCCUUGAAUACCAUCGAAAUCC